AUGUUCUCUUCGAAAAGUAAGGCCUUUUUUAUCGACGGCCCUGGGGGAACUAGAAAGACAUUCUUGUAUCGGUCACUUCUAUCCGCUUUAAGGUCUCAAGGUUACAUUGCUAUUGCUGUAGCUACUUCUGGUGUUGCAGCAUCAAUCUUUUCUAGAGGGAGGACUGCACACUCUAGAAUUAAAAUUCCUUUAGAUUUCUCAAGGAGUAAAACCUGGCGAGAGCCUGUUGACAAAAAUGGAGAAGUAACACUUCCUUCUGACUUGGUAAUUCCCUAUCAUAACAAAAACGAUUCCUUAGGCAGGUUGAUACAUUGUGUUUUCCUUGAUUUGCAUCUUUAUUCAACUGAUCCUUAUCAAAUGAUCAAUAGAUACAUUCUUUCUCCUACAAAUAGCUCCGUUGAUGAACAUAAUGAGUUUUACAUUGCAUUGUCUAGGCUCAGGACUUCUGAUAUAGUUAAAGUCUUGAUUGUUCCUGAAACUUUUGAUGAUAUCAAAAUCGAUAAUAGAACAAGAAAUAUUAUUUUUAGUGAAGUGUUUCAUUUAGCUAGAAUGAUGGCACAGAUUAUUCCAAUGAAAGACAUUCUUCCUGGUGCAUAG